AUGAGUGGAGGACCCGUACCAGUUUGGAAGAAGUAUACCACCGGAUCCACAGGGAUCUGGGAGAAAGUCAGACAACUCUUGGUCUUAGUACCCAACAGAUCCAGUGGGAACCCUUUAGUGAAGUUUUUCCGUGCAGUUCCACCAGGUGAAGAUAUCGAUAGUGCCAGAAACUAUAAAGAACCCGUCACUUUCCCUACCGGGGACGUUAGAAACAAUCCUUACUUCAAAAGAGAUUUCAGAAGGAACUAUCCACAAGUUCACUCCUUCGACCAAUCCAAAGUGUCAGGAUUAUUGAAACUCGGUUCAGCCACCAACUCCAGAUUAUCUAUUGGUGAUAAAGGAACCCAAGAAUUGUCAGUAUUUGAAGCCAGUCCUUCAAAGCCAGUGGAAUUAUCAGUAACUUUGAACGAGAUCGAUAGUUCUGUGAUCAAGGGGGAAAUGUUGGGAGGUGCUGGAGAACCAAUUGUAGCUCCAUCGUUGAAUAAGUUCAAAUGGAAGAUUUUAGAAGAACCACAACAUGGGAUGUAUGUUGAGGAGUAUCCAUGUAGGAUAUUUACUGAGGAUAAGGCUGUUUAG